CAUCAGUAGUGGUUGAUCCUCCCUUUGAACAGCAUUAGUUCGUCUCUGGUACAGCAACGAUGGAGAAGUGGGUUGGCAAGAUAGCGCUGGUAACGGGCGCCAGCUCGGGCAUCGGACAGGAUGUGGCGCUUACGCUAGCGGACGCGGGCAUGAUCGUGGUAGGGAUAGCGCGCCGUGCCGAGCUUGUCACGCUACUCUCCACCAAGGUGACCGGCGGCGGUAAGAUUUACGCCAAAAAGUGUGAUGUGAGCAACGAGGGAGAAAUAAUGGAAACGCUCAACUGGAUCCGCCGCGAGUUCGGUGGCGUUGAUGUGCUGAUCAAUAAUGCAGGCAUUUAUCGCUAUCAAUUUAUCACGCAGAGUGAAACGUCCGAUUUUCGCGACACCUUCAACGUGAAUGUGCUGGCGACGUGCAUUUUCAUUCGCGAAGUGGUAAAGGACAUGCAGGCAAGGGAAGCGUACGGUCACAUCGUGGUGCUGAACAGCUUGCUGGGCAAACGCGUCCCGGACGUAUCGGUGCCCGUGUUCGGCUUGUAUCCGGCAUCCAAGUUUGCGCUCGUUGGGAUGACGGAAGUGUUGCGGCAAGAGUUAAACUUCCUCAAAUUGCCCAUCAAAGUUACGAGCAUUCAUCCUGGCAUGGUGCAGACGGACAUGAUCAAGGUGUUCGAGUCGAAGCUAGCGGAACGACUACCAAAGCUCCAGGUGACGGACAUUACCGCCAGCAUCGUGCAUUGCCUUGCAACACCUCCCGAAGUUCGUGUAAGUAUAGUCGCUUGCGGUUACGCAUCAAUGAAUCGUCAAUGUAUACGCAACAGGCUAUCGGAUUACUCUGGAUUGACGGGGUCUGGUUUGAUGGCUUGAAGCGGGCAUCAAAAACCGGCUGUGUUAUUCUAUACUGCGACGAGGUUAACUUGGGUUCGGUUUAAUUUCUUGUUUCAGAUCGAUGAGCUGACCAUUAUGCCAACCAUGCAGUAAAAGGCCGUGGCCGCCAGCAAAAGGUAACCGUUGAUUUGUUGUACAACACAAACGCAGAAUUCAAUAAAAUAUAUGUUUGGAA